GGUGUUUUUGCAGCACUCAGAGAUUCCGUUGUGUUUCAGGCGCCUUCCGACUGCCUGACCCACGUGUCGCCAUGUGGUGCCAUGGCCUUACCAGGUCUGGGUGGAUGUCCCUGGGCGCCUGGACAACCACCGGCAGCAGCUGAUGGCAUUUUUGCGGCCUUGGGCUGCAAUCCUAAGCUUGGAGGAUGCCCUGUCAUGCCGAUCCCUGGUAUACCUGGAAUGCCCAUGCCAGGCAUGGGAAUACCAGGUCUACCGGGGUUGUCUGCCAUACCAGGCGCCCCUCCGAUGGCGUUUCCCUUCCAGGCGAAUCUUCCUGUUCCAGCCCCGACCACGGCUGGCUCAAGCUGCCCAGCUGGAUCUGUGACGGUUCAAAAGGCUUCAUCUACCGUGUUGCAAGCGGCUCCAGUGAUCAGUCGUGCACCCACGAACACCGCGGCAAAGCCUGAGAAAAGUGCAGGAGCUGUGGUGCCUGAUGCUCCAGGAGCAGCACUGGCCAAGUCCCAGACGGUUGGAUCGUUGUUGUCGGCUUACGACGAUGACAGCCACGAUGAAGCAGAGCCGAGCGAGCCGCCGAACGUGGAGCCGAGCGAGCCGCCGAAAGCGCCCAAAGCUGUGCCCACGGUGGAGACACGAAGUUGGUCGAAUUGGGAGGAUAUGUUGGAGCCCAGACGUCGCCACGGGAUCGUCAUGGGCAAACAGCCGGAAGAUCUCCUCACGGGCUGGCCGCGGGAAGAAUCUGCCUAUCCUCCUGGACACCCUCCGGCCAAUCCACCUGGUUGUUGUACUCAAAAGUGCCACUGCAUGGAUGGAACAAAGAGGCCGGAGCAGUGGGAGCUGAAGAAGACUUGGUUGGAAGAUGAUUCUCAAGAGGCCAAAGCUCGUGCCCAGUCAGCUUAUCAGUGCAUCGAGGCCCUGAGCGCGCAAUCGUUUUGCUCUCGUCGGGGACGAGUGUCCAAGCAGAACUACUUGGAGGCAAAGAGUGAAACGACUUCAACUUCAGAGGAACGAUCUGCGUUACACGAACUGGGAAAGAUCUUGGCAGAAGCUCUACGGGAUGCAGUGUCAUCAAUUCCACAAGAUUAUCUUGCCAAUUCUGGGUUUCCCAUUCCAGUGCGCUCGCUGUUGUUGGCAGCUGGGCUAGGUGCUGAUUAUGCGCCAUUGCGCAUCCGCGCCCUGUCGGAGGCCGUGCCAAGUCUGCCAAGAUUGGAGCCAAAGUCACAGCUGGACUCGCCGCAGGGGCGCUCCUCCGGCUCCAGCUGGUUCUCCCCGAGGGAGAGGUGGCGAUGGAUGUGGGUAAGGUCGAAGAUUCCAAUCUCAGCUCAUUGAGUCGAGCUGUUAGCGCUGCUGUAGAGAGGCUGUCGGGCAUCCGCCCCCCGGCGCUGCGAGAGUGCCUGCAGGAAGGCUUCAGCGAGGUUUGGGACUUUCAACGAGGGGCCUUGCGGGAGGCACUUCCCAUGGCCGAGCUGCUUGAAGUCUUGGAACGCUUGAGGAGGAUGGCCAGCUCUGCAGCUGUGGCCCAGCUGAGCUUGCCUAGCCCAGAGGCCUGGAUGUCCAACCAGCUCUGGGUGCAGCCCCAUGUGCAAUGGCGAUGUCACCUCCUCCAGCUCAGGACACUCCUAGCGCUUUCCCUGCCGGCUUCCCGCCAGGAUUUCCUCCCGGCUUUCCGCCGGGCUUUCCUCCGGGCUUUCCACCCGGAUUCCCCUUGGGUCAAAUGCUUCAAGCUGGAUGGCCCCCUGGAAGGUCAGCUUUCGAUGGGCCGCCACCUGCACCACCUGUGGAGCUGGUCCCUCCGGCUCCUGAAACCACCUCGAAGUCGGUGCCCGCCAAGGCCCCUCCGUGGCGCUCGGCCGUACUUCCACCCCCACCCAAGACGCCGCCGAUUCCCCUGUGGGCGUUGCCAGAAAACACCAACAGUGGACCUGGCGGAGAUUGGUGAGAUUCCAGUGAGGCGGAGCAGGAAUCUCUCAGAAAG